UGCAUCAUGGUGACGGGCGGACGCGGAAGUGUGGUGGCAAUGGCGGCUUGGUCCACCUUAAACGCUGCGGGUGUGACUCUGUUCCUCUUGUUGGUCCUUCUUCGCGUCUUACAGGCUCAGACCUUCUUCUUCCCUUUCCGGCAGCCGGAGUCGUGCGGCCCCAACCAGUACUUCGAUAUCUCCACGCUCUCCUGUGUCGCGUGUGGAGCCAAUCAGAGGCAGGAUGCUCGAGGAACUGUAUGUGUGUGUCUACCAGGAUUUCAGAUGAUCUCUAAUAAUGGAGGACCUGAUAUUAUUUGUAAAAAGUGCCCAGAAAACAUGAAAGGUGUUACUGGAGAUGGCUGGAACUGUAUUUCUUGCCCUGGUGGUUUAACUGCAGAAGGAAAGUGCCACUGUCCCACUGGCCAUAUUUUAGUGGAAAGAGAUGUUAAUGGAACAUUGUUGUCUCAAGCAACUUGUAAGCUCUGUGAGGAAAGUGAAAACUCUUUUACAAUAGCAAAUGCUUUAGGAAACAGGUGUGUCCAAUGUGAACCAACAUUCAUUAAUACCAGCAGGUCCUGUGUGUGUUCAGAACCUAACAUUUUAACAGGGGGAUUAUGUUUCAGCAGCACAGGGAAUUUUCCUCCACGUAUGAUUUCAGCUGCACGUUAUGGAGAUCUUGGCAUGUCUUUCACUUCAGAAUGGUUUGCAGAGUAUUUGCAAUCAUCAGCAGCUGCUUGUUGGGUGUAUGCCAAUCUAACAUCUUGCCAAGCUCUUGGAAAUAUGUGUGUGAUGAAUAUGAAUUCUUAUGACUCUACCACUUUUGAUGCAUGUCGACUGUUUCAAUUUAUCUUUGAAAAUACUGCUGGACUGGGCACUGUUCAUUCUGUUUCAUUUUGGAGACAGAAUCUUCCAUGGCUGUUCUAUGGAGACCAGCUAGGAUUAGCACCUCAAGUACUCAGUACUACACCUCUUCCUACAAAUUUCAGUUUUAAAGGGGAAAACAAGAAUACAAAACUGAAGUUUGUUGCUGCUUCUUAUGAUGUAAGAGGAAAUUUUCUCAAGUGGCAAACUUUAGAAGGAGGUGUUUUACAGCUUUGUCCAGACACAGAGACAAGAUUAAAUGCUGCUUAUUCCUUUGGAACAACCUAUCAGCAGAAUUGUGAGAUUUCUAUCUCUAAGAUCUUAACUGAUUUCCCCAUGCCUACAUUUUAUGAUGUGUACCUUGAAUAUACUGAUGAAAAUCAACACCAAUAUAUUUGGGCUGUGCCUGUGUUAAACUUAAAUCUUCAGCACAAUAAACUAUUUGUGAACCAAGACAGUAGCUCUGGCAAGUGGCUUCUGACUCGGCGCAUUUUCUUAGUGGAUGCACUAAGUGGGAGAGAAAACGACUUAGGAAGUCAGCCAAGAUUAAUUCGAGUUGCUACCCAAAUAUCACUGAGUAUCCGCCUUGUACCCAACACAAAAAAUGGAAAUAUCUACCCUCCCUUAAUUACCAUUGCCUACAGUGACAUUGAUAUCAAGGAUCCCAACGGCCAGUCUGUGAAGGUUUCUUUCUCGGUCACAUAUGAAAUGGAUCAAGGAGAAGCACAUGUCCAGACAGAUAUUGCUUUGGGUGUGUUGGGUGGACUAGCUGUUUUAUUGUCUCUUUUGAAGACAGCAGGUUGGAAGAGACGCAUUGGGAGUCCCAUGAUCGAUUUACAGACAGUUAUGAAAUUUUUGGUUUACUAUGCUGGUGAUCUGGCCAAUGUUUUCUUUAUCAUCACUGUGGGAACAGGUCUUUACUGGCUUAUUUUCUUCAAAGCACAGAAGUCUGUCUCUGUUUUGCUACCAAUGCCGGCUCAGGAAGAACGUUUUGUUACUUAUGUGGGAUGUGCCUUUGCUCUGAAGGCUCUGCAAUUUUUGCAUAAGCUCAUCUCCCAGAUUACCAUAGACAUAUUCUUUAUUGAUUGGGAGCGACCUAAAGGAAAGGUUCUUAAAGCUGUUGAAGGUGAGGGUGGUGUUCGGAGUGCUACCGUUCCCGUAAGCAUAUGGAGAACAUAUUUUGUGGCAAAUGAAUGGAAUGAAAUUCAGACUGUGAGAAAAAUUAACCCACUCUUUCAAGUACUUACUGUCCUCUUCCUUUUGGAGGUUGUGGGAUUCAAGAACUUAGCAUUAAUGGACUCAUCUUCUAGUCUUUCCAGAAGCCCACCUAGCUACAUAGCUCCUUAUAGCCGCAUUUUGAGAUAUGCGGUGUCUGCCGCUCUUUGGCUAGUCAUUGGAAUUAUACAGAUUGUGUUCUUUGCUGUCUUUUAUGAGAGAUUUGUAGAAGAUAAAAUUCGACAGUUUGUUGAUUUGUGCUGUAUGAGCAAUAUAUCAGUGUUUCUGUUAUCCCACAGAUGUUUUGGUUAUUACAUUCAUGGUAGAUCAGUACAUGGGCAUGCUGACACUAAUAUGGAAGAAAUGAAUAUGAAUCUUAAAAGGGAAGCGGAAAAUUUGUGUAGCCAAAGAGGUUUGAUACCCAAUACAGAUGGUCAAACUUUUCAAAUUGCUAUUUCUAGCCAGAUGAGACAACAGUAUGACAGAAUUCAUGAGACACUAACAAGGAAAAAUGGCCCUGCUAGACUGUUGAGUUCAUCAGGAAGUACUUUUGAGCAGAGUAUAAAAGCAUAUCAUACUAUGAAUAAAUUUCUUGGCUCUUUCAUCGAUCAUGUUCAUAAGGAAAUGGACUACUUUAUAAAAGAUAAAUUGCUUCUUGAAAGAAUUCUUGGAAUGGAAUUCAUGGAACCAAUGGAAAAAAGCAUCUUUUACAAUGAUGAAAGUUAUUCUUUCAGCAGUGUUCUGUAUUAUGGAAAUGAAGCCACUCUUCUUAUUUAUGAUCUGAUGUUCUUCUGUGUUGUGGAUUUGGCUUGCCAAAAUUUUAUUUUAGCAUCCUUCCUUACGUACCUACAGCAAGAGAUUUUUAGAUUUAUUCGUAAUACAGUAGGACAGAAGAAUUUGGCAUCCAAAACACUGGUGGAUCAAAGAUUUCUGAUUUAAUUUAUUGAAUAGAUAAAGACAAUUAUAAUCAUGGCAAAAACAAAGUCAUGAUUAUCAGGUUAGUUUGCCAUAUUUUUUAAAACUUGUAAUACAAAUUAUUCUAUUUUUAUUUGUUUUUUAAUCUACAGAAAGAUUUAUUUUUAUAACUUGUAGAUACAUAACUUGCUUUGUGAACAUGUAGUGUGAUACAGUGGAAAAUAUUAUUUUCCUAUUACGCAUGGUAUUUAAUUCACCAGCUCAUAGACUAGAUAGCUCUGACAAUGGGACAAAAAAAAAUCUAAAUAUUGCUUUCAGCAUAACAUUUUUUUAAUGAUGUUCAAAACAGUCCCCAUCAUUUGUCUCUGUAGAUUAUUUUAUGAACUAGAUUUGCCUAUAUUUUCUCACACUGAAAAAGAAUUUUGAUUCCAAGUUCAAGCCUAGUUUUCAAUUCAGUAUUUUGUUUUACAUAUUUUAUGGUUAAAUAAAUGUUGAAAAUAUUUUCAAGUUUA